AUGUAUGGUACCAAAGUGUCAACACAAGAAGUUUUCUUGUGGGAAGAAAGGAACAACCAAACCCUUGUAGCACCAUUUGGAGAGUUCUUACCAGAUAGAGUAUACCAAAACAGCAGAAUAUUGAAAAAAAAAAAAACACAAGAUGAAUAUGGUAACAUUGAAGAAAUAUUUAGAAGGAAUCCUCAAGAAACCUCCACUAUGUCAUUCGCUAAUAUUGAUAAUGUGAAACUUCAUGAUAAGUUUGCCAUCUAG